AUUCAGAAGGAUUGUCAUAAGAUUUCAACGUUUUUGAAAAUCUUUUUACAGAAAAUCAACUACAAACAUAUAUUCUACAUAUUAAAAAUUAAAUGUCAUGGCUCCAAUUAAUAUUCUAAGAAAAAAUUUAUAUUGCCGCCUGUGCCUUGAAGAUUUUUAUGAAAAUGAAAUGCAAAUUCCCAUAAAUAAUCAAAUCAAUAAUCAAUUUUUUGAUAUAACUCAAAUUCCACUCACUGCUUCAGAAAAUUACUCAAAAGCUAUUUGUGAAAGUUGUUUUAAUUCACUAGAAGAUUGUGCAACUUUGGGACAGAAAUUAAUUGAUAAACAAAAGACGCUAGAAAAAAUAUAUGAGUCACUAAAGGAAUAUAAACAAAAGUUCAAAAGAGAUGAAAUAUUUUCGAGCACGAGACUAGACUUUGAAGAAGGAGAAAUAGACCAAGAGCUGAGUUUUUCUGAUGAAGAUCUUGAUGAGCUUAAUACCGAUGAAAAGAAUUCAAGAAAAAAUUCAUUAUGUCGUCUUUGCCUUCGAAUUUUUUGUGAUGAUGACAAGCAAAUUCCUAUAAAUAAUCAAAUCAAUAAUCAAUUUGUUAAAAUGACUCAAAUUGCACUCACUGCUUCAAAAAAAUACUCAAAAUUUGUUUGUGAAAAUUGUUUCAAAGUUCUGAAAGGUUUUGCAACUUUUAGAUCGAAGUUAAUUGAUAAGCAAAAGAAGUUAGAAAAAAAAUAUAACACAGAAAAAGGAUAUGAAAAAAAAUUGAUAAGAGAUGAAAUAUUUACGAGCACGAAAAUAGACUUUGAAGAACAAGAAGGAAACAAGGAGCGCAAUUUUUCUGAUAAAAAUGAGUCUACUGCCAGCAAAAUUAAAGUUUCUGAUGAUAAAAAUAAUAACACGAAACCAGACUUUGUAGAACGAGAAGGAAACCAGGAGCUGAAUUUUUCUGAUAAAGACGAAUCUAUUGUUAUCAAAAAACGAGAAAAAUUCCAUUGUGAUCACUGUAAUUAUUCAGAUUGCCAUAAGAAUGAACUUCUUAAUCAUAUCAGAACUCAUUUCAUUAUUAAAGCUUUCACUUGUCAUAUAUGUAGUGCAGAUUUUACAACACAAAAAGAUUUGGUAGAGCACGCAAUUUACAUAAGCGAUAACCCUUUUUUCUGCGAUAUUGAUGGAUGCUUUACUGCUUUUAAGACUGAAAUUAUCUUGUGGGAGCAUGUCAAGAAAAUUCACGAACAUUUUCAAUUCCAUCAACCUCCUCAACCACAAACAACUUGUCAUGUGUGUGGAAAGAUUUACAAACAAAAAAAAAAUUUGAAGCAGCAUUUACUUUAUCAUCAACCUCCGAAACAUUGCUGUGAGAUUUGUAAUAGAAAAAUGUACACUCGAGGUGAAUUGACAGUUCAUAUAAGAAACGUACAUGAUGGUCGCAAGGAUUUUCAAUGUCACAUUUGUGACAAAAAAUUUACUAAGAGUCACACCUUGAAGCAACAUAUGAUAAGAAUCCAUUUAAAGCAGAAACUUACUUGCAAAGUUAAUGAUUGUAAUGAAAGUUUUGAGAAAAAAUAUCUGUUCAGAAGACAUAUUUUAAAAGCGCACCCUGACCUUGGAAUAACAGAUGUCGAUGAUAUCAUUGAUCGAAUCAAAACAAAUAGUGGUGGAGUGAAAAAACUAAACGGACAUGUUUUGGUGUAUAUUUCUGAAGUCUCUUCACCUACUCGGUUGUGGAUUCAAGAAGCUAAGAUUGAUGAAGUUGAAAAAUUAUCUAAAGAAAUGGGUGUAUUUUAUAAUAAAUAUCACGAAGCAGAUUUCUCUUUGUCGUCAUAUCAAAUUAAAAUUGGAAUGAGAGUAGCAGUUAACGUUUUCAGUGAAUGGAAUAGAGCAGAAGUUAUUAGUGAAGUCAAUCCAAACACUAAAGAUGUCCGCCUUUUCUUCAUUGAUUAUGGAACAACUGGGUUUGUUCCUUACAACUGCUGCAAAAUAUUGUUUGAAAACUUCUCAGCUUUACCAAGGAAAUCAUAUCGUGGUGCAGUUUAUGGUAUCAGACCUAAAGGAAACAAACGUUUAUGGAAUCUCAGCAUAACAGACGAAUUUGUGAAAUACAUCAGAAAUAAAAUUCACCACAUUGAAAUCGUGAAUUAUCAUGAACAAGAAGAUUUCUACGAGUUUUUACUUUACGAUGACAGCAACAACAUUGUGAAUUAUAAAUUUGAUUCAAUGGAAGUUGAAAACGCAAUAUCUAACUUCAAUGCAACUCCUUCGUUAUGCUUAUCAUAUCCACCUUUCACAUUUCUCGAGAAAUUAGUGGUUUAUCCUACACUUAGCGAACGAUUCCAACUUCUUAAACGUGGCGUAGAUUUCAAUAAAUUUGAAGAAGAAAUUAUUAAAACCCAUACAAAUGUUGACGCUUUUAAAACUGAAUUAGAUCAAGAAUUAAUGAAAAAUGAAUAUAAAAAUUUUAAAGAUGCUUUUUUCGAUAUUCUACAAAUCCAAUGAAAUAAUUUUUUUUUCUAUUUUAUAUUUAAAAUCUUUUUUAUUUUCUCUUUGAAAGAAAUCACGAUGUAUCGAAAAUUCUUGACGCAUUGAAAGAAUUAAAAUUAAAUCUAUGAGAAUCUAUCUUUAUUAUCCUUAACCAUUGAUCUACGCAAUUAUUGACUUGUAAUAAUUCCUAUGAAACAAAUUUAAUAACAAGUACAAACAAAACUUAAAUUUCAUAUUGGACAUUUAAUUUUUGUUUCAUUCUUUGAUUAAAUAGUAGAAUUGUUAUACUAUGGACUUUUGAUAUAACGAUGGCCGUAGGUCUAUCGAGAGAGCGUUAUAUCAAGAAUUCACUGUUUAUUAUACAAAUUAAUAUCAACAUCAUUUUUUUUAACUGUCCAUGAAAAAUUGAAUCAAUAAGCAAUAAAAAUUUAUUCGAAAGAA